AUGUCGAUUAAGCUGCUAGUGUUGGUUGGGGUGCUGCUGUGUGUGUGUGUCGUUCGUCUGGAUGCGGCACCGCAAGCGGAGAAGUAUGAAGCAUACGAAUACAAGUACGAAGUGAAGGACCCCGAGAAGCAGCUGUUCUUUGACAAAAACGAAGCAGGAGAUACUGCCGGCAAGGUGACAGGCCGAUACUCCGUGUGGCUGCCCGACGGUCGGCUCAUGACCAUCAAGUACAUCGUGGAUAAGGAGGGUGGCUUCCAGCCGGAAGUCGACUUCCAGGAUAAUGCGAACCCACUGUCGGGCUAG